UCCCCAAUGAAUGUCACUGUUGGUUACGUUCAAAUGCGUGGGUUCGGCCUCAAUGUUUUGAAUUAAAUAUCAAGCCUCUAUUAGCUUAAUAAUUUCUAAAUUUUCGAUUUUAUGUCGAGUUUAUUAAAAAUUUUUACGGAGUAUUGUUUUUAUUAAGUUGUGGAUUAAUGUGCAUUGUUUACUGCAGGUUAUCUUAUUUUUAGGCUUAGUUGUUAGAUUAUAUGAUUAAUAAGUUCAUAGAAAUGUCCAGAUUUAUUGUGCAUUUAGCAUGAUUCACUAUCUUAAAGCAUUUUCUUGGAACAUUUAACCUUUUUUUCAUUGGGUAAUUCUUUAAACUUUUUGAAAGUAAUAUUGAUGGCCUUAAGAUGACUGUAGAGCAAUCUCCACUGGAGCGGUUUUCAAACCAGAAACAACAGCAACAGCCUCCUCUUUUAAAUGUUGAAAAAGAUGGUGCUCUGUCCCCUACUGCUGGUGUCAUCGAUCUUACAAAUGAUGGUGCAGAUAAAGAAGAUGAUUUAAAGAAGGCCAUUGCUUUAUCUUUAAAAGAGCAUGAGAAAGUUCUUGGUGGACAGGUCUCAAUGGAAGACCAAGAUAUUAGCAGGGUUGUUGAAGCUAGUCUUGCUGAAUCUAAAGCUGUAGGUACAAAAAGAAAAAGAGGUGAAGUGUGGCAAGAUCCUUUAAAUCCACAUGAUAGGAAGCGUAAUGGGGAUUGGCCUGUUGGGUUAAAAAAUGUUGGAAACACUUGUUGGUUUUCAGCUGUUAUCCAGUCAUUAUUUCAUCUACCUAUCUUCAGAAAAUUAGUUCUUAAUUAUAGUCCUGAAGAUUGGAAUGUGGGCAGUUCUGAUUCAAAGAACCAAAGAAAUUUAGCGUUUAUGCUUCAGUUACGUAAAUUGUUUGCACUAUUGGCGUGUUCGAGGAGAAAAUAUGUAGAUCCUUCCCGUGCAUUAGAAGAAUUUAAAGAAGCAUUUCCUGACAGUAGUGGGACUGACUCACAACAGGAUGUGAGUGAAUUUACACAUAAACUAUUAGAGUGGUUAGAAGAUGCUUUUAAAUUAAAUGCAUACCAGCAGAUGACUGGAGAAAAUGGAGAGAGUAUGAUGGAAGGACCUGAUCAAAAUCCUAUGCUAAAUUUAUUUUAUGGGCAUUAUUUGUCAGAAGGACAGAAUGAAGGCCGUAUGUUUCGCAAUGAAGAAACAUUUGGUCAAUAUCCACUACAAGUGAAUGGUUUCAGUAACAUUCAUGAGAGCUUGGAAGCUGCAAUGGCCCAGGAAAUUGAAUCGUGCAAUGUUAUGACAAAAUCAGGGCAAGAAAGUUGGUUUACUCGGCUACCUCCUGUAUUGCUGUUUGAGCUGUCUAGGUUCCAGUUCAAUCAGCAGUUAGGACGCCCUGAAAAAAUUCACAACAAAUUAGAAUUUCCAGAAAUUAUGUACAUGGAUAGGUAUAUGGAGCAAAAUAAAUCCACUACUAGGGCUAUUAGGGAGCAAGUUCGUAAAUUAAAAGAAGAAAGAGACAGACUUCAGAAUCAGCUGGAAAAAUAUCUAAAUUAUGGAUCUGGACCAAAAAAAGUUCCUCUCUCUGAUGCUUUACAGUACACAUUAGAUUUUGCUGAAAGUAAGAAGCUCACUGAAGAAAAUUCAUCAGAAGAUGUUGAAAUGGCAUCUCCAGCAUCUGUUUCAAGUAUUGGAGGAGAUUCACCUAAUUCACCUAAUAAAGUUACUUCCAUGGAAGUUGUUAAUUCGUCUAAUGCUUCGUCUGAACCAGUUGUUUCAUCUGCUCCUGGUCUUAUCAGUAAUCAGCAAAUGAAUCAUAUUAGUGAAGAUAUAGUGCCUUCUCCUCAACAUAUUUCAGAUAUGGAACUUAAAGUUUUUCAAGCAUGCCUAAAAAGAUGGCGAAAAGAAAUAGAAAGCAAUGUAAAAAGUCUCCAAGAGAAUAUAAAUAAUAUUGAUAACACGAUUAAAGAAAUUUAUAAUGAUUCAUCAUUACAAAAGAAACCAUAUAGGUUACAUGCUGUAUUAGUUCAUGAAGGUCAGGCAGCUUCUGGUCACUACUGGGCAUAUGUUUAUUGCCCUAAGCGAAAGUUCUGGCUAAAAUUCAAUGAUGUGUCUGUAUCAGAAGCUACAUGGAGUGAUCUUCAAAGAGAUUCAAUGGGAGGCCAUCAUUAUGCAUCAGCUUAUUGUUUGCUGUAUGUCGACGAAUUAAGACCUGAACUCUUUUAUGAAUGCCGGGAGUUUGAAAUUGGCCCUGAAUACUUGUAUACUUUGCCAGAAGACCUGCAGGUGUAUGUUGAACAAGAUAAUGCAGCUUUUCUUGAAGAAACAGAGCGUUGGGAUUGUGAACAGAAUCGAAAGAAAGAUUCUUCUACCAUGACAAUGGGUGAUGGUGAUUGUACAAUCAUUGGAGAAAAGAGAAUAGUUUUGUAUGACAGCACUAAUACUUCUCGAUUUGAAAACACUCAAUUUGAACAUACUAUUCCACAUGCUGAUAAAAGAAUGGAACAUCAAGCUUCCCUCAAACGAGUGAAUUUCACAGAAUCUGACUGUCAAAGUGCUUCACUUUUCUCACAUCUUGAUGGAGAUGUGUCACACUUUGAAAAUAUUUCUCCUCACAAGCAAAAUACUGGACACUUUUUUAAUGCUUUGAGUAUGGAACAUGCAGCUUUAGUUCAUCGGCAGACAUUGGGCCGUGUUGAGGCAUUUCAUCCAAAACCAAGUCAGACUGCACAUCAAGCUUUUGAUGAACUCCUGCGACAAGAAACAACUAAUCUUCGUCGACUUUCAAGAAUGCCCUUAGCUGAUGACCUGCGUUUACAACAUAUAGGAAUAUACAUAGUUUUAAAUAGUACAGCGCCUGAUGUUUAUUUAACAUGGUCAGUUUUAGAACAGUUUUUAGUUCCUGAAUUGGAUGAAUUUCCUAAAGGGCGCAUUGUGAAAGAUGCAGCAGUCCAGAAACUUGAAGCAUUUCGACAGUCACUGAAAGAAGAUCAUUUUUUGGCCUACAAUAGGUGGCAUCAGGAAUACCAAAUAUUCCGUAAAGUUGUGGCUCUCUUUGUGAGUGGUGUCAGUAAUUAUCAUGACAGUUGUUACACUGCUGCUUUGGACAUAUUCAUUCAUUGCUGUCAGUUAAAUACUACACUUUUGAAACUGCCUGGAUCAAAAAGAGGCCUUGAUCCCAGACUUCUUGAGCAUUACAGAAGAAUUUCAUGCUUGAAAUUAAAUGAAUCUGUUGCAAAUCAAUUUGAAAAAUCAUCUGAUCUUAAAAAGGCUUUAGAUGCAUUGUGUCUAGCAUAUGAGUAUAUUCUUCCAAGCAUGGAGUUCCUUGCUGCUCAAGAUGCUUCUGAAUGUGAUAUUGAAGUAGCUGAAAAAAUUCGGAAUCGUUGGUGCUCAAUGCUGGGUAUAGACUUAGCAAGUAAGCAAAGUACAAAGCAAGAAAAGUUGCAAGACUUUCUUAGCAAACUUUUGGAUCCUUCAAACGACCUGCCAAAGUCACGCCCUGCACCUGCCAAAAAGCGAAUUUAUAACUUAGAAAAGGCAUACCGAGAAGCUCUUGAUAUGGCUAUCAAAUCUGGUGAAUAUGAAGCUGCCCAAGUUGCAAAGUGAAACAUGCUUAACAAGUUUUAUUUAAAAAACAAACAAGCAGGUUGUUUUGAGACAAUUUUCUAGCUUGGAGGAUGGCAUCCUCUCUGGCCUUGCUUUAAAAACUGAAAUAAAAAAGAAAUAAAUAAAAAUAUCGAGAGAAAGCAUCAUUUUUUUUAUAAUGCUCUUUAAAAACACUGACCUGUUAAAUCUUCACAAAAAUGGAAUUACUGAAUACAUUGUGAUAUCUACAUGAAAGAAAUUGUUGCAAAGAUGUAAAUCCCAAACUUGUUUGUUAAAUGUGAAAAAUUGUUAUCAGUGCAGGGAUGGACUUGGUUUGUAUAAAAUAUUUUCUUUACUAAGUCAGCCACGUGGGAGUAUGCUUUUUUGUGGAAGAAAGAUGCAAGACCUUUAAUUUCAUGAUGCUUUUAACUGUGAUUUUUGUUCAUGUUUGUGAUAUGCAUAGUCAUAUAAAUAGUAAACUGAAAAGCAGUGCAGUUGAGGUUCUUCCUCUGUUUACAGUGACCAUUUUGUAUGCUUCUACCUUCAGAUAUCUUAAACGCAGAUCUUGUCUGCCUUGUAUUGUAAAUAAAAUGGCAUUCAUCAGACAUUUUCACUGAACAUAUACUAUUGAUACUUCCAUAAAUCUUAAAUUAUGGCUUUCAUAUCCUCUAUUUUAUGCUUUUUGUGUUUAAGAAUAAAAUAUUAAUAUAUUUUAGAUUUGUUAUCUGUAAUUUUGCAAAAAAAAAAAAAAGAGAAUUAUUUUUACUUAUUUUUGCAUUCAAAUUUUUUAACAAAGAUAUAUCAGUUUAAGAUAACAUUAACCUUUAAGUGGAGGUAAAAUCAUGUCCUAAAUUUAUUGCUUCAAUACAAAGCUUUUUUUUUUUUUUUUUUUUUUUUUUUACUUGAAUUGUUAAAAAAGGAAGAAUUUUUUCAUUGCCAAAAAAAAAAUAUUACUGUAUAUAUAAAUAUUAUAAUUAUUUCUAGUACUCACAUAAAAAAAUUAUUACUUUUAUGAAAUUUCUGUAAUUGCAACCAUUAUUGCUCAUACAUGAUCUCUAUGGUAAAAUAUAUUGCAAUAGAGUUUAAACCAAAUGGAUUUAUUGCUGUUAUGACAUGUGAUAUAUCAUUUGGUUUUGAAAUUAAGAUAUGUCAAAUAAAAGUAUGCAUUUCCAGAUUACUCAUUUUACUCUGUAAAUUUAUUUACAUGAAAAUUGUUAUACAAAAAUCCCUUAAUUCAUGUGAUAAAAAUUUAAACACAAUUACUGUCCUAUAUGCAUAAUUCUUCAAUCAUCACUGCUAACUUUUUAAAUACAAAAUUGUAUUUUAGUUCCAACAAUGAUGAGCUAUUCCUCUCCUCUUCCUACCUGAAGUAAAAAUUUGUGUUCAAAAGAAAUUGUACAAUGUGAAUAUUUAUGUUUGAUAAAUUUAAAAUACUUUUGCA